GAGCGAACAGGCUGCCGUUUGCUCAGAGUUGGGCUUUUUCUCCCUCUCCAUGACUCCUUCGAUCUCCACUGGCCUCAUCGCUCCAUGGGACUCCAGACCUGGCCACCAAGCAAACCGCCACUGUCCUCUAUGGCCUGCCUUGACGUGGAGACCCCCUCCAUCUGCAGGGGUAAAUUCAAAUCAGUCCUCCAGCUCUGUCUGCAGCAGAGGAGGACUCGGGAGCAGCUCGUGGAGCAAGGUAUCAUGCCACCCCUGAAAUCACCUUCUGCCUUUCAUGAGCAGAUUCGGAACCUGGAGAGAGCCAGGACUGGGAACUUCUUAAAGCACAAACUCUGCAGCAGGCCACAGCGCUCUGAACUGGUCCGGAUGCACAUCCUGCGAGAAACCCAGGUGGAGCCUUCCCUUCAGGCCACACAGAUGAAGCUGAAGAGGGCCAGACUGGCCGAUGAUCUCAAGGAGAAACUCGCACAGCGGCCCGGGCCCAUGGAGCUGGUUGAAAAGAAAAUCUUGGCUGUUGACUCUAAUGUUGAGGAGCUCGUGAAGGGUGGUAAGGCAGACGGCUCCCAGACACCACCUGUCUCAGAUGUUUACAACUUUGAUGAGAACAGCAGUGACGUGUUGUCACCACAGCAGCCGAGCAGCCAACAGCCCAACGGCUCAACGCUGACCUCUCCACCAGAAUCUGGAGGGAGUGAGGCCACGUGUACUUCCUCUACCUUAAACACCUCCACACAGCACUCUUCAACACUCAGCUCACAGUCGACAUCAGAUGCCGUCCAUCCCGCCUGCACCACAGAGCAACAGAGCAAUCAGCAAACACGUCAGCCCAACACCCCCGCUGCCCCCAGCAAUUCAUCAGGGCCGGUUCUUGUGAAGCAAAGCUUGGCGAAGCUACCCGCUGACAAAAGCCGCAGCAAAAAGACCAAAGAGCCCAAACCGCGGGUGAAAAAGCUAAAGUACCAUCAGUACAUUCCCCCAGACCAGAAGCAAGAGCUCAGUGAAAUACCGAUGGAGGCUUCGUACGCCCGUCUCCUGCAGCAGCAGCAGCAGUUCCUGCAGCUGCAGAUCCUCAGCCAGCAACAGCAGCAGUUCAGCUACCCGGGUGUUCGACCAGCCGCGCACAAAUCAACAAGUGAGGCACAAACAAGCUGUUUGGCUGUUGUUCCAAGAGGAACCGCCCUGUCCGCCGCUGUGCAACUCCACCAAGCAAAGACGAGUCGAAAGCCGGAUCAACUGCCAGCUAAUCUGGAUGAGAUGAAGGUUGCUGAGCUGAAAAUGGAGCUAAAACUCAGAUCUUUGCCUGUUUCUGGGACUAAGACAGACUUAAUAGAGAGGCUAAAGUUGUUUCAGGAGAACUCUACCAUCCACAGUGGUAUUGCCAUGGAAACAGCAGCCACCACGGCAUCCUCACAGUCCGAAAACACAAAGUUAACCCCGCCGGUUUCUGUGAUCGCUUCCAAAGUGUCCAGUCUGGGAAUAGAAGACAUUAAUAUGACAGAUAAUGCAGCGACAUUGCUUUCAGAUUCUCCAAAUCAUGCUUCUCCAUACAUGAGCCCCGCACAGGGAGCACAGCAGGAAGAAUGUUCCACAGAGAAAACGUCCAUCAAGAAGGACUCUGAGAAAGAUAAGCGUCUGCACGAGAAGGAACGGCAGAUUGAGGAGCUGAUGAGGAAGCUGGAGCAGGAGCAGAGGCUGGUGGAAGAGCUGAAGAUGCAACUGGAAGUGGAGAAAAGAAGUCAGCAGGCCGAUUCUCCAUCUCAACUCAGUCCCUCGGCCCCCACUCACGUUAAAGAGGAAAACAGAACCCCAUCAACCUGCUCAAUGUCCCGCAGGUCUCCUGGUCUGCCAGUGUUGGUCAAACAGGAGGAGUCUGCAGACCAAAACCACACAACUAGUACAAAUCAAUUAAUCAUCGGUCACCAGACCAUCACACAGCCUGAAGCCCUGCCGUCCGCCCAGGCCGGCGCUCAGAUCAUCUUGCCUGCAUCCCUUCCCACCUCAGCAGUCACUGUCGAAUUCCCUGCCAAAAGCAUUGAAUUACACACUGCUGUGAGUAGUGCAGCCCCAGGACUUAUCCAGACCUCUGGACAAGCGCCACAGAAAAUAGAGGCAUCAGCAGCAUUACAGCAGCAACGCAGCGCUCAGACCCAGCAACUGACAAAGUCAUUCUCUCAGCAGACAUGGAGUGCAGAUACUAAGACGCAAACCUUAUUCAACACAUUCCCAGUAAGAGGAUGUGCUGUGGCCCCCUGCACCCAAGCUGCCCAAACAGGACCUGGAGAAAAGCAGCCGAAAUUCACAAACCACAUGUCAAAGAGUAAAGACCCGCCUCCCUACGAGGAUGCAGUGAAACAGACACGCAACAUGUUAACAACUGUUCAGGGUCCCACUGCAGCCAGCCAGCACAUGGAUGACCUGUUUGAUGUAUUGAUCGAGAGUGGAGAGAUCUCACCUUUCAUCAGGCAUGAUUCUCCCAGCCUGGACAAGCCUCUCCCAGUGACAGCCAGCGUAACCACCCUUCCCAUCAACACGGUUCUGUCCCGGCCUCCACCUCUGGUUCAGGUGGCCCAGCUGCCCACCGCGCCGCACGGCUCCUCGGCCGGCCUGGCGGCCCUGACCUCAGACAUCCAAAUGGAAACUUUUAUGGACGCCUUGAUAGUUACUGACAUGGAGCCACAGAAACUGAAGCUGAUGGAGGAGUUAAAUUCACCCGAGGUCACCAUGGAAGUGGACUUUAUUGAAAACACACCAUCCUGUGCACCGAACCUUCAGAACACUAGCAUGGACAAUAUGGACUGGCUCGACCUUACUCUGGCCGUGCCACCAGAGGGAGUUAACCCUUUGGACGUACCGGUGGGUGUCUUCUCCUCUGACUUCCUGGACUCUCACGAACUGCACUUGAACUGGGACUGAGUGCUGUAAAGGUGAACUCUUAUUUCAUUCCAAUUUCACUCGUGAUGCAGGGAAAGAUUGCUCUUCUUUUUACGAGGCAAUCAGAGCUGUUUGGAAUUUGGUGGCUUUGUUCUGCUUUUCUGUCCAAAUAAAUCCAGUCAGUAAUUAUCUGAUCAUGCAAUGCCAGUUAGAAGAUGGUGAAUGGUUCUGUUUUACAGUAAAUGCUCUGAUUGUAUAAGCAAAGAGAUAAAAUGGUACAGGUGCUUGCAGGCUGAGCUAAAAGGGGAAGUCGCUGUGAAGAUUUUAUUUUCAAAUCAUGCAUCAGUCUGUUCGCACAUUAUUGAUUUCUCUUUGUUCUUAGAGAACCUAGCAUUGUUCUCAGCGGCGGCUGCAGAGAAGGCAGAAAAAAGUGCUCUUCCUUAUUAGUCGUGAGAAAACACUGUAUGCAGAUGAGGGCUAUUAUGUUGUUUACUCUUCCACGUGUUCCUGAUUUGUAUGCAACUUCUGAGGAAUUUGAAUUUGAACCGUAAAUGUGAUCAUUAUAGAAAGGCCCAGAAGUAUGAGGCUAAACAGCACUGACCAAACACGAUGCAAACUGUGGAGAAGUGGAGCUGAGCUUCAGUUUUGACCUGCAGCCAAAUCCUCUUGGACCAAACCCAUCCUAUAUUUUAAAACGCUCUAAAAAUGUUGUCACCAAUUAUGACUGUAAGCACCAUGUGAAACAUAUUCCAUAUUUGUCAAAAAUUAAUGAUGCAUAAAAAUCUUCUGUUUCACAAUAUUUCCCAUAAUUUACUGCUUUAAAAGCCGGCAGAGCAACUCUGAAGUUUGAAGAGCCCUGUUUUCCUGCACUGCUGUGCUUUGGUGACAUCUGCUGGUUGCACGGGAUUUGAAC